CCCCAAAUGCAUGGUUAUUAUGAAUGUAAUUACGUCUGCGCGCUCCUAUUCAACAUGUACACAUGCAUGCGGAUGUCUUUGAAUAACAUGCAUUAGCAUCAUACACACGCACACACACAAAUUGAUAAAGUGCGUGUUGAGUUGUGUGUGCAUUAACUAUGCUGCAGGGAUGCAAAGCACACACACUCGCAUGCGACAGUGGGUGAGUUCAUAUCGUACGAAGACAGCGUACUUGUAUGCCGGCGUUCAAACGUUCAAGCGUUCAAGCUGGCACCAGAAAGCUCGAGUCUACAAACUGUAAUUAAAGUAUUUAACGUCUGUUAACGCUUACUGGAUACAUGUGGAAUUGUUAGUCAGUAAAUACCUAACGAGGUUUUGGUGACCUCAUAAACACUUGUGGAUAGCGCUGCUGUGACUGGAUUUUUUUAAGGGGUAAACCCGGCUUCCGCGUGGAUUAAUAACGUCCGCCCCGCUUGAAUAAUGUUGAAAUGCAUAUGACUGGCCGUUCAAAGGUAAAACAUAGAGUCUUGUACGUCAGCGGGUCAUUUAACAUCCGGCGAAUUCUCCAAUAACAGCUCUCGCUAACAAACAAACCUCAAUUACGCUCGGGCCAUCUAUCUCAUCUCGACCUAAAUCAACCGAGAAUUGGGAGCUCUGGGCCCGCGCGCACACACACACGCACGCACAACUCAAUAACGCACACUACUUUCUAUCCACGGCGACCUCGCAGAGUAGGGUCAUGCAAUGUCUGUUUCGAUCGGGAGUUGAUUAGGUGAAAUUGCUCUCCGUUUGUUUUACGCUGGUUUAGUUUUGCAGGAAUCAAUAUAGACAGGGCCUGCAUUCACUCCGGUCGCGUGCUUCGCUCACGGCAGCAUUUACAGAAUCAUCCCACUGUGGAAACUCGUGGUGCACUACAGUGGCGGGACACUCGUGUGUGCAUAAACCCGCAUAAUUUAGAGCGGUGUCUAGAUACUGCGGUUGGUUAUCUCUCCCCUGAGCGGGCUGAGGAGUAAAGAAGAAACUGGGAAAAUCAUCUUGAGAGUUAAAAGACGAACGGCAACAAGUGAUGGUGGACCUGUUUAUGAUUGAUUAAAAAGCGUUCGGCCAUGAUGGAUUGGUGACGGGUUCGCUCUAUCGGAAGUAGACAGCGAGUGAGUAUCCGGUGUCAAGAUCCGGGAAAGAUUCGUAGAAGAGAGCUGUUGAAAUAACGCUUUGGUGGAAGACUCGUUGUCUGUACUAACCAGGAGAGGCUACUUGAUUUAACUUCACAGAACACCCUGUUUACAAUAUUUUUGACUUCUCGGCAUAAUUUUCACGAGCAAGCAUAUGCCAAAAGAGACUUUGAAUGAGUAAGGAGGGACAGUACGCUCUUUUGAAACAAUAUUUCAUUUCAAAAUUUUCAAGGAUUCCCUGAUAAAAUACAUUAUUCUUCAAAACCAUCCUAGUCGCGACUGAACUGCGACUCAGACAGAGAAGGCAGAACGUACAAACCGCAAGUUCCUUUAACAAUUUAGAAAACGCACAAGGAUAAGAGUGGAUACAACAAAUUAAAGGUGAAUUGCAGAAGACAGACUGGCUAAGCCUAACGGGUUUUCGCUCGGUGCUUUUUGACCGUAACAAUGUCUCCAGGUCGGGACGGCUCCCCAAGUGUUACACAGCUAAAGGACCAGAGAUUGAGUGUCUAUUGUUCACCUAGGUUCUGUCGCAGGAGCAGGUACCUUGAGACGGCUUGUGUGAACUCUAUGCUAGAGAAGAAGGACGAUUUUGGUUGGCAACGAGCUUUCAAUCCGCGUUACUUCACCAAGGGGUUGUCCUCGCCGCCACGACAAGACGGAAAACGCGCCACCUCCGCAAACGGGGUAAGUUCAUCCUUUCCGUGCCGCCGCCGAAAGUUUGCCUCACAGUCAACACUGUCACAUCUGUCGUCUUCAGACACUGAUUCACUCGGGUGUUCUCACCUCAUGGCGAACCUUGACAUAAGCUCACCGAUAAUCACCACCAAUGACGCCAGUCCGACGGAUGGAAACCCAGCGGCACCUGAUACGCCGACGCUUCUUCCAAAACGACAGAAGCAGCGUCCUGUAUCACUUGCCCUGCUCGAUAACCACGCCUCGCAGAGUUUGGAUUCUAACGCCAAUGGUGAGCAUUUAGGCUCCGCUUGUUGCAGUCUCCAUGUGCGAAAGGACCGAGCGGCUGAUAGAAGCCCCGCCGGUUCAGCACGGGCGAUUCCCACCUCGUCAAAGGGUCUCAACCCGCCAUCCUACAACCCCUUGAGCAAGUCCUGUUCGGACUUACGCGUGGGUGCGAUAGACGAAUGCUGCAUGAUUCACCGUAACUUUAGCUGCAGGUGUCCCAGUCACCUAUCACUUCAGUCUGCGCGCGUAUCCACUCCUUCAGACUCGCGUACGGGCUCUAGAAUAAGCCUUUUAUCGGAAGGGGUUGAAUCCUACGAGGGACUCUAUGAAAAGGCCUACAGAGCCACGUACGUGAUGGACAGGGAUAGACUGGUGCACGAGUCUAAGGUCUCCCCUGAUAGACUGGUACGAGAAUGGUUAGCGAGACAAGAGGAGGUAUCCCAGCAUACACCUGAACCACAGGAAGUUCAACAAUGAUCCACUUGAAAAAGACCUGUUUACUAAUGUGUUUCAAUGCAUAUAUAUUAUGUCUCUACCGAACCCCUGGGGCCAGUUCCUCAAAACCGUCGUAAGUCUUAUUUAUUGGACAUCCCAUAGAAACGCGUGUUAAUCUGUAACACACGUUUCAAUGGGAUGUCUAAGAAGUUAGACUGAUGACGGUUUCAAGAAACGGCCCCCUGGUUACCAACUAAUUGACUCACAUCCCAAGGAUAACAUCUCGAGGGAUUGAAUUCACUGUGCAUACAUUUUUAUCUUGUGCUAUGACGGGCAAUAGACCGGUAUACUAAUAUAUUCAAAUUGUAUGCAUUCUAUUUAAAGAAAGGUUAUUCUUGACAACCCGAACAAGUAAUGAUGCAUACUGGAUUCAAAGUAUUCUAGUUCAUAAACAGCUUAAUGGAAUACCUCGUCACUAUAAUAGGUCUUCAUGAAAGAAACAACCAUCAAUUUGAAUAUGUUUGUAAACUUGCUUAUUCUCUGGCAAGUUUUUCAGUCGUCAAAAAUAAACUUUGUUUAAAAAUAUGCAUACAAUUGGUAAACAGGUCCAUUUAAUGUAUUUGUUAUUAUAAUCCUUAAUGUACAGUACGUGUUUUCACCCAAACAAGCUUGUGAUUGACACAUUAUUUUGUGAGGCAGUAGCUGCAAACGCUUUACUCUUAGUAAUAGAUUAUUAAAUUCUAGGAAGGUUUUGAAAUAAUUACUUAUAUCCCCUAUUUAGAACCCCUAUCAUAUAAUAAUAAUCAUAAAAUAAUAGUAAAAAAAUAAUUAUAUUUAUUAUUAUAAUAAUGAUGAUAAUAAUAAUAAUAACAAUGAAAGUGGUAGUGUUGUAAAACGAGGGAAGCCUUAUCCGCAUCCAUUUAAACUUGUUGUUCCUGAGAGCCCUUCAAUUAUUAUUACUCCAGCAUUUGCCAGGUACCCAUAAACACCUGGGUGGAGACUGGCGAGAGUAUAUUAAUGUCUUCCCAAAGGACGUUAGUGAAUGAACCACUUUAUAAUGAUACCUCCACAAGUUCCUUUAGGGAAAUACAUAGGCUACAAAUUUGAAAAAAUUGUCAACACUGUUUGUUUUAGAAAAAGCAGUCACCAGCUACAUGAUAAAAAGGUAGAUUCUCUAUUAAAAAAGUGGUUUGGAGGACCUGAUACAUUUCAGUAAUAAUAGAAAUUGCCAUAUAUUCUCUGAAAUUUCACCACAAAUCUCCAAGAAAUUUAGAAAAUUAAAUCAUUAUCAUCUUAUAAUCAAAUACCAUCCUUCAAAACUGAAAUAGUAAUUAUUUUAAUAUCCACUGAAAGAAAUGCACAAGAAACAGCUCUUUGAUAACUAUUUGUUAUCACAGUUGAUACAAGGUCAUAGUCGAGAUAUUAGAGGCUUUAGUGCAAAGCACAUAUUUGUAUAAUUCACUACACUUCGCGGGCUUCUUUAUCUGUAUAGAAUUAUGUAAAUAACAGUAAAUUUAUAUAUUUUAUGUUACAAUAUGAUAUUUAUUAUGUGUGGUGUGUUUAAGUGUAAACCAAUAUAUGAUAUUUUAGUUUUGUAAUGUAACAAUUUAUCAAAAUAUGUUUAGAAUAUGUGUUCACCUGUAAAUGCAUUUAUCUUCCUUUUUUAUCUACAGUUUCGAAAAGAAUACAUUUUCACCUCGUGAAAUAAUGUCAUCUUGUAAAAACCGUUAAAAACGCAAUCACAAGUACUUCAGAAAAAUCAUCUCAAUGACAUUUCAACUGCUCAUUGCAUAUCCCAAUGAAAUUAUGUUCGGAUUACACAAUGCGUAAUUUAAUGGGGGGGGGGGGGAUUUAAAAACAGUGAUGGACAAGGUUAUGAACUUAAGUUUUAUUUUGUUCAAAAGUCUUUGCGAAGGUGUUAUAUAUAUAAUAUUUAAGUAUUAUCAAUAGGCAUAUUGUGGAUGUGAUUUUUUUUUUAAUGUGCGAAAUAAAUUUACCAGCUGUGAGAUAUCAAGCAGCGGGCAAUGUGAAGCU